AGCCAAAGAACAGCUGUUGUCUGUUUGAGAAAACGUGAGUUCUUUUUGUAAACGGACACAUUUAUUUGUUAUUAUUAUUAUGGCGAAAAAGCGUAAAAUUCCCGUGCGAAAACAUCACGGCGUACGCGAUCCACUUAAGCAACUUGAACAAAGGGAGAAAAAACUGGCCAAUGUAACGAAUAAUCCGCCGACGCAAAACGAUGAGCAGCGUGCAUCGCACAAUUUCCAGCAAUUCAAAAAAGUUGCCGAUGCCUCCAAAGCGGGCAAGAAGCUUAAGAUGGGCACCAUUGGCAAAGAGGAUAUGCCCAAAGGGGCUGCGGCCACAAAAAAGACUCAAACAGCCGCCGCAGCAGGCAGCAAAAAAAACAUAAAUAUUAAGCAGUUUGCCGAUGAGACAAAUGAGGAAUAUUUGCGGCGGGUAAAUCGCAUAACUAGCGCAUCUGUGCGAGAGGCUCAAUAUGAGGCCAAAUAUGGUGUUAAUAUCAUACGCAAUCCGACAACGGGCGAAAUAACAUUACAGAAGCGACCCAAAAACGAGAUCGAUGAGCUGCUCAAGCAGAAGCAAAAAGAGCGUCACAAUCUAAAAAAUAAACGUGGCAAACCGAAUGCGGCCAUUGUAAAGCCCGGCAUGGAUGCGAAGACCCGCCGGGAGCUAAUCAAACGUGCCUGCAGAGAAGCCGACGAAGAAGCCAAACAACAACAACAACAGCAAGGACAAGGCAUCGUGGAGUAUAAGCGUGAUGUGUUUCAAUUUGGUGAGGUGGUACAUGCACCGCCAACGAUAAAAACGCUGCCGCGCAAGGCAAACCGCAACGAGACUGUGCCGCGGCCUGGCCGCAAAUCGAAUCUAUUGCUCAAGUCGCUGAUGAAGAAAGAGGAGGAAGAGCAGAUGCCAACACUACCACCACAACAGACCAAGAGUGUUGCGCCCACCAAGUUGCAGUUGAGAGGCAAACGGAAGGAUUUACCAGCUGCCACGCGCAACAUGCUUGAAGGGGAGCGCAACAAAAUGAUCGAUUUGUAUCGUCAGCUGAAAAAACAACAAAGCGCAACGAGAACAGGCAUGGAAUAAAUAGGAUUAGUUAACU